AUGUCCAACCAAGAUUUCUACGGAGGUCAGCAGCAGGGCGGCUACGGUGGUUAUCCACAACAGCAAGGUUACGGCGCUCCUCCACCACAAGGACAAUACGGCUACGACCAGCAGCAACAAGGCUACGGUGGUUCCCCAUAUCCUCAGCAGCAAGGUUAUCCUCCACCACAAGGACAACACGGUCAAUAUCCUCAGCAAGGAGGUUAUGAUCAACAACAAUACCAGCAGCAAGGCGGAUAUCAAUCUCCACCGCCGCAAGGUUAUGAUCAAACCCGCGGAGACGGUCAAUAUCAAUACCAACAACAAUUCGGUGGUGACCCAAAUGCUCCAUAUGACCCAAAUGCCCCACCCGGACAGCCCGGUGAGCGUGGUCUCGGUUCCGCACUCCUAGGAGGAGCAGCUGGUGGUUUCGCCGGCCACAAAUUGGGCGGCGGUACCCUCGGAACACUCGCUGGAGUUAUCGGCGGUGGUUUCCUAGCAAACGCUGCUAGCGACCACCACAAGAAGAAGAAGAAGGACAAGAAGAACAAGAAGCACAAGGACCCCUUCGCCCCAAAGAAGAAGGGUGGUUCCAGCUCUUCCAGCUCUGAUUCGGACUAA